AUGGCAGGGGAUAAGUACCAAGAUAGAGAUGAUGUAUGCAAGUACCAAGAUAGAGAUGAUGUAGAUAAGUACCAAGAUAGAGAUGAUGUAGAUAAGUACCAAGAUAUAGAUGAUGUAGAUAAGUACCAAGAUAGAGAUGAUGUAGAUAAGUACCAAGAUAGAGAUGAUGUAGAUAAGUACCAUGAUAGAGAUGAUGUAGAUAAGUACCAAGAUGGAGAUGAUGUAGAUAAGUACCAAGAUAGAGAUGAUGUAGAUAAGUACCAAGAUAGAGAUGAUGUAGAUAAGUACCAAGAUAGAGAUGAUGUAAAUAAGUACCAAGAUAGGGAUGAUGUAGAUAAGUACCAAGAUGAAGAUGAUGUAGAUAAGUACCAAGAUGGAGAUGAUGUAGAUAAGUACCAAGAUGAAGAUGAUGUAGAUAAGUACCAAGAUGAAGAUGAUGUAGAUAAGUACCAAGAUGAAGAUGAUGGAGAUAAGUACCAAGAUAGGGAUGAUGUAGAUAAGUACCAAGAUGUAGAUGAUGUAAAUAAGUACCAAGAUAGAGAUGAUGUAGAUAAGUACCAAGAUGGAGAUGAUUUAGAUAAGUACCAAGAUGGAGAUGAUGUAAAUAAGUACCAAGAUAGAGAUGAUGUAGAUAAGUACCAAGAUGGAGAUGAUGUAGAUAAGUACCAAGAUGGAGAUGAUGUAGAUAAGUACCAAGAUAGAGAUGAUGUAGAUAAGUACCAAGAUGGAGAUGAUUACCAAGAUAGGGAUGAUGUAGAUAAGUACCAAGAUGAAGAUGAUGUAGAUAAGUACCAAGAUGGAGAUGAUGUAGAUAAGUACCAAGAUGAAGAUGAUGUAGAUAAGUAUCAAGAUGAAGAUGAUGUAGAUAAGUACCAAGAUGAAGAUGAUGUAGAUAAGUACCAAGAUAGAGAUGAUGAAUGCAAGUACCAAGAUAGAGAUGAUGUAGAUAAGUACCAAGAUAGAGAUGAUUUAGAUAAAGAUGAUGUAGAUAAGUACCAAGAUGUAGAUGAUGUAAAUAAGUACCAAGAUAGAGAUGAUGUAGAUAAGUACCAAGAUAGAGAUGAUGUAGAUAAGUACCAAGAUGAAGAUGAUGUAGAUAAGUACCAAGAUAGGGAUGAUGUAGAUAAGUACCAAUAUGAAGAUGAUGUAGAUAAGUACCAAGAUGAAGAUGAUGUAGAUAAGUACCAAGAUGAAGAUGAUGUAGAUAAGUACCAAGAUGAAGAUGAUGUAGAUAAGUACCAAGAUAGAGAUGAUGUAGAUAAGUACCAAGAUGAAGAUGAUGUAGAUAAGUACCAAGAUGAAGAUGAUGUAGAUAAGUACCAAGAUGAAGAUGAUGUAGAUAAGUACCAAGAUAGAGAUGAUGUAGAUAAGUACCAAGAUGAAGAUGAUGUAGAUAAGUACCAAGAUGAAGAUGAUGUAGAUAAGUACCAAGAUGAAGAUGAUGUAGAUAAUUACCAAGAUGAAGAUGAUGUAGAUAAGUACCAAGAUAGAGAUGAUGUAGAUAAGUACCAAGAUGAAGAUGAUGUAUAUAAGUACCAAGAUGAAGAUGAUGUAGAUAAGUACCAAGAUGAAGAUGAUGUAGAUAAGUACCAAGAUAGGGAUGAUGUAGAUAAGUACCAAGAUGAAGAUGAUGUAGAUAAGUACCAAGAUGGAGAUGAUGGAGAUAAGUACCAAGAUGUGGAGUUAUGA